CGCGCGGGAAAUCCCGAGUGCAUUGCGAUUCCGCUGGGCCGUUGUGACUAUGGCCACCUCCUCGGUGUCCAAGGGUUGCUUUGUGUUUAAGCCAAACUUAAAGAAGAGAAAGAUUUCUGUGCCAAUAGAGGACUAUUUUAGUGCAAGGAACAAUGAGUCUGAGGACAGUAAGCUUCGAUUUGAAACUUACCAACUGAUGUGGCAACAGAUGAAGUCUGAGACUGAGCGGCUACAAGAGGAAUUAAAUAAAAACCUGUUUGACAAUCUAAUUGAAUUUCUGCAAAAAUCUCAUUCUGGAUUCCAAAAGAAUUCAAGGGACUGGGGCUUUCAGAUAAAACUCAGAGAAAUUCCAACUGCUGCUCUUGUGCUUGGUGUGAAUGUCACAGAUCAUGAAUUAAUAUUCAGAAGUCUAACAGAAGCCCUUCAGAAUAAUGUCACACCAUAUGUAGUCUCAUUGCAAGCUAAAGAUUGUCCAGAUAUAAAACAUUUUUUGCAAAAGUUGGUCUCACAACUGAUGAAUUGCUCUGUGGAUGUAGAAUCCAAAGAGGAAGAAAGUGUUCAGGUCACCCAGAAAAAGACACAUUGUUCGAUGGAUUUGCUUUCAAACUGGUAUAAGAUUGUCACACAGAAGACAGAACCAAAAAUUCCAAGCAAAAAGAGGACUACUUCUAGCCAAUGGCAUUCUCCUCCUGUUGUGCUUAUCUUAAAGGAUAUGGAAAGCUUCACCACAAAAGUACUACAAGACUUCAUACUAAUGAGCAGUCAACAUCUGCAUGAAUUUCCACUAAUACUCAUUUUUGGUAUCGCCACAUCUCCUAUUAUCAUCCACCGGUUGCUUCCUCAUGCAGUAUCAUCUCUAUUGUGUAUAGAGCUGUUCCAAUCAUUAUCUUGCAAGGAGCACCUGACUUCAGUACUUGAUAAGCUACUUCUUACAACUCACUUUCCCUUUAAAGUAAAUGAAAAAGUGUUACAGGUUUUGACCAACAUCUUUUUGUAUCAUGAUUUCUCAAUUCAAAACUUUAUAAAAGGACUUCAGCUUUCUCUAUUAGAGCAUUUUUAUUCCCAGCCCCUAAGUGUUCUGUGCUGUAAUCUCCCAGAAGCCAAGAGAAGGAUAAAUUUUUUAUCAGCUAAUCAAUGUGAAAACAUUCGACGUCUCCCAUCAUUUCGGAGGUAUGUGGAAAAGCAAGCAUCAGAAAAGCAAGUUGCACUGUUGACCAAUGAAAGAUUUUUGAAGGAGGAAACACAAUCAUUAUUAGAAAACCUGCAUGUUUACCAUGUGAAUUAUUUUCUGGCUUUGAAAUGUCUUCAUAACUUCACCUCUUCUCUUCCCAAGUACCCACUGGGUCGACAGAUCAGAGAGUUGUACUGCACAUGUCUAGAAAAGAACAUAUGGGAUUCAGAGGAGUAUGCAUCAGCGUUGCAGCUACUGAGGAUGUUGGCAAAGGAUGAACUGAUGACCAUACUUCAGAAAUGUUCCAAUGUUUUUAAGUCCUCUUGUGAAAAGCAGCUUGGCAGCACAGCAAAGAAAAUAGAGGAGUUCCUGGCCCAGUUUCAGAGCCUUGAUGCAGAUGCCAAAGAGGAAGAAGAUAGUUCUGGGUCACAGCCAAAGGGACUUCAGAAGACAGACCUCUAUCAUCUUCAGAAGUCCUUGCUGGAAAUGAAGGAGUUAAGAAGAACAAGUAAGAAGCAAACCAAGUUUGAAGUACUCAGAGAAAAAGUUGUGAACUUCAUUGACUCUCUGGUGAGAGAUUAUCUUUCACCUCCCGAGACACAGCCUCUGCAUGAGGUGGUGUAUUUCAGUGCUGCUCACACCCUUCGGGAACACUUAAAUGCUGCUCCACGAAUCGCCCUUCACACUGCACUCAACAAUCCUUACUAUUAUCUAAAGAAUGAAGCACUGAAAAGUGAAGAAGGCUGCAUUCCAAAUAUUGCCCCAGACAUCUGCAUAGCUUAUAAACUGCACCUGGAAUGUAGCAGGCUAAUCAACCUUGUGGACUGGUCAGAGGCUUUUGCAACAGUUGUCACAGCUGCUGAAAAAGUGGAUGCAAAUUCUACACCCUCAGAAGAAAUGAAUGAAAUUAUCCACUUAACCAAAAUCAUAAAUGGGAUAUUCUGAUUCAUCUUAAGGAAAUACUGAUCUGAGAACCCUGAAGUAAUGUUAUGAAAAUUUACCCAAAAAUACUAAUCAUGUACAGAGCACUAUUUUAGGCACUUGUACUUCAGUGACCAAAGAAAGAUCUUUGCCUUCACUGCAUUCUAGCAGAAGGAGAAGAACAAAUAAGUUACAGAAAAAAAGAGAAAGCAGCAGGGUAUGAAGCUGCAAUCUUAACAGUGGUCAGAGCAGACCUAACUUAGGACACUUGAGCAAAAUUCAAAAAGUAGUGAAAGAAUUACCCAUGAAGUUUUACAGCAGAAGAGCACUCCCACAGGACAGCAGUAACAAAGGUCCUAGCUACACUGGAGGAGCAGCAAAGGAGGCCAUUAUGGGGAAGGUGGAGUGAGCAGUACACUGAACAGGAAUUGGAUGCAGUGAGGCGAAGUGCAAAUAUAAAAAGUAGACCACCAUAAGCUCUUACUUACGUAAAUAAAGUAAGUCUUGGUCCUUUAAGGGUCUCUCUGACUGUUGUGAGAAUACAGUGAAAUGAGGGAGACUAUUCAAAAGAGGCAAAACAAAAUCCAAUUAGGAGACCACUAAAAUAAUCUAGACAAGCCAUGAUUCUGCCAUGCUGGGAUGGUGAGAGUUUAGGUGGAAGCCAAGAACUGAUGAAGGAUCUGAGAAAUUCAAAAUUUUGUCUGGCUGGAAACCUAGAAUAGAGUUGCCACUAACUGAUCAGGAAUAUCUGGCUAGAAAAGUUUUAAGAGACGAAAGUAAGGAAUUUGAUUUUGGGCAUAAGUAUUGAGAUCUCUAUUAGAUGUCCAAGUGGAGAUGUUGAACAAGGUGGUGAAUAUGGUUAUAUUUGUAUAUAUUUAUUCAUGUCAUAUAUAUUAUGAUUUAGGUAAGGUCACCAAAAUGAGUAUGAAAAGAGCAAGAAAUUACCAACAGUGCUAUGACUGAGAAUCUAGCAGACCAGAAAAAGCAAGAUGACUGACCUACCUACUACUUUAUGGCCACCCUGUGCUGUGAGCAUUAAACACUAGUAGACAUAUGCUGGGGGUCUGGUAAAAGUCCUAUACGAUGUUCAGGGCUUUUUUAAAAGAAAUGAUGAAAUAAUAGCUUACCAAAGUUAAAAAAGAAAAAUCAUUUUCUUUCUUCCACCAGUUAGGUCAGUUGAGCCCAGUCCCAAAAAAGACAGAUUCUAUGUGUUUUUCCCUGAUCUGUGGUAACUAAUAGAGUACCAAAAACAUAAUAUAUAGGAGUGAAAAUGACAUUUUGAGAUUCAAUGAUUGUUUAGCCCUCAUCUCUACUGUUGAGGAACAGCAGUUUUUUCUGUUUGUUGAACUUUUCACUUAGUGUAGGGAAACAAAGUAAAUCAUUGUAAAAAUUAAGACAGAGAAUGAGGAGGAGGAGGAAGGUUUUGAGCAUGGGUGGGAAGAAGGGUACAGUGGGUAGUUU